AUGCAGGACUUGCCGAAUCCCCUGUUCCUUCUCCUCCUGAUUCUCGCCGGCCUUGCUUCUUGCGGUAACUGCUGCGUGAAACUGGCGCCGGGCCAUACGGAGGUGGGCUCGUUGAUGAAAAUCAAGUCGGCAUUGGACCCUGUGAACAAGCGCCUCUCGUCGUGGGCCGCCAAAGGAAAACCGUGCGGCGGCACGUUCGUCGGAGUUGCUUGCAACGAGCACGGGAGGGUGGUCAACAUCUCGCUGCAGGGUAAAGGGCUCACCGGAAAGUUGACUUCCGACAUGGCGGAGCUGAGGUGCCUGUCGGGUCUUUACCUGCACUACAACUCGCUGAGUGGAGGGAUCCCGGUCGCGAUUGCUCAACUCACUGAGUUGACGGAUCUGUAUCUCAAUUUGAAUGACUUGACUGGGACUAUACCACCGGAGAUUGGAAAUAUGGCUAGUCUUCAAGUGCUGCAGCUAAGUCACAACCAAUUAACAGGGAGCAUACCUUCUUCAAUGGGAUCCUUGAAAAACCUGAACGUCCUGAAUUUGGAAAGCAACAAGCUAACAGGGCCAAUCCCUUCAAGCCUAGGAAAUUUGCACUCCUUGAAAAGGCUGCACUUGGGCUCCAAUCAACUUUCAGGCCAAAUUCCCGAUACACUCGCCAAUAGCGCCUCGUUACAAGCCCUUGACGUCCAAAACAACAAUCUUUCUGGAGUCGUCCCUCCAAGUGAGCCCAUAGUCUUCACAAAUCAUUCACACCCUUCAAAAUCCUCAUUUUUUUUGUUUCUUUUUUAG